GUUGAAACUUGUGUCGAGCUGUGAAUGCUUCGAGCCCCUUAACGCCACGUCUAGAAAGUUAAUUUCUACAACGGAAUAAAUCCAUAGCUUUCUAUGACUUUGUUGGGAAAUGGCUAUAAACCUGAAAGACAAGGAGGCAUAUCAAAGACUGAACUACUUAUACCAGGCUGCACAUUGUGUUUUAUCCCAAAACCCGCAGAAUGUAGAACUUGCUCGUUUCUACUGCUUUACCCAGAAGACCAUUGCAAGACGUUUAGUACUUAGACAAGACCCAUCAGUGAAGAGAACAUUAUGUAAGAAAUGCUGCUGUCUGCUCAUCCCUGGAAUAACUGCUACAUCAAGACAACGGAGAAAAAACAGCAAGACUCGCUUUACUGUGGUGAGAUGCCUCAGCUGUGGGCAGACCAAGAUGCUCCUGAAUAAUCCGGAUCAUUGUUUGUGGGGGGACCGGCCUGAGGCACAGCUACAGCACAAUAACCAGCCAGACCGAGGUUCUUCUCUGAAAGAGCAGCCAAAACACAGAGAGCAUACCGGGUCACCGACCUCUGAAUCCAAAGACACUGCUGCAGAGCGUCAGGAACAGCAGCAACCCCCUCCUGUGUCUGCAAAUGUGCAGACUUAACAUUUUUCAUCAUUUUCUCUUACAUGGGUAAUGCUGUACAUUUAUUACUUGAAGUUUCAAAAUGGACACUUUUCUACAACCGUGUGAGUUUUUUUGUUCUAAUUGACAAUUUCGACAAAUAAAUGGGUAGAUAAUCAGAAAGGACUUGUGUGACAUUAGCUGGCUGCUAUAAAACUUUGCUGGUUAAAAACCAAAUUGUGCUAAUUGCAUUAUCUCCUAACACAUUCCCAGGUAUUUUCCCCACAGCGCCUCAGCCAACUAUUGAUAUGUGAAAAUGAAGCUGGUAAGAAAAGCCCAGAAAGUCCAGAUGUCAAGCAUUGAAUCACUCUUGGGGAAAGAUCCACAGUGGACAUGAAUAGAACUUUAUCAGCAGUGACUGAAAGACUGAUGAUAGAUGAGUGAUGGCACACAAACAGCUUCAAAAUGACCAUCAAGUCUUACGCCUUUAUUUUUUUUAAACCGCAGGCACAUUAUACUUUCAGCACGCGAUCAUAGGUCUCCAGGUGUCUGAAAAACUGAUACUGGAAUUUGUAGCCAAAAGUAACUCAGACACUUGUGUCUGAGUUGUCACACACAAAGAUUUUCAGGUUUCCUCGUAACUGUGUAUUACUGUGAUGGCCAAACUUCUUAUGAGUAAGGGGGUCACAGUAGGCAGUUAACUAAAAAAUCCUUAGUAUACCAGACUGUGUGGGUGUGUCAGAAUAAACUGGUUUACAUAUGGACUUCUUUAACAUAUGUCACAUAAGUUUUCCACUCUUUCAUAUUUGUACUUGGCUUAAAGCAGGAGAAUUCCAACAUGUACAGACAGAACUGUGGGACUUGGAUCUGUAUUUGCCUGAACUAUAUGUAAAAAAGACAUAAAAAUUGUUUUUCCACAUUUUCCUAGUCUUUGUGAUAUACCCUGUAAAAUGCAUUAAAUGAAUGAGUAAAUGGAUAAAACAGUGCUGUCAUCUUGAACGUCUUCAAUUAAAACAAUAUAAUGAAGAAAAACUGA